GCUUGGUCUUCGACUUUUGUCUGCUUUCCUCCCUUCAUCUUCGCCAAUUCCUCUAGGUUGGCGAUCUAUCACCAAUUGUCGUAUCUUCUGCUGUCAUAGAACCGCAAUGGUUCACGCCGUUCUUCCUCCACCGCCGCCGUCGAGGCCUGUGACGUCGCGGACGUCUCUUGUUCCUCAUGUGGAGCAUGCGAUUGUUCCGCGGUCGUCUACCUCCCACCCUGACAAUCCGGUUCCAGAGGAGCCUCGUGGCGUUCGCUCGCUCUCGAUAACUGAUGUGAAUUUCAGUGUCUCCACGCCGUCUUCGCCGGAGACAGACACUACCAGCUCAGAGACAGCGUCGGGUGUCCAGACUCCUGCCACUGAAAUCCAAUCCGAAGCUGAAGAAUCCGCCCGCGAUGGCCCCGAAAAGCAACGACGAGCAUCUACCGUACUCAUCUCCCAGAACUCUGAUGACAUGAGACGUAUCCUGGAAAAUGUGGGAUCUAGCGGUACGCAGAAGCUUCAGCCGCUUUGCUGUGGUGGUGGAUGCUGCCGCAGCAAGCCCUUGGUGAGCUUCACACCUCCACUGGCCGGAGUGAAAGCAAUCACUCCCCCAGACAACAAGGCCUAUCAAUGUUUGAAGCUCAAUGUCGAUUACCUCACUUUGGACAGCGAGCUGAGCAACGUCGCUCCUUUGCCCGAGAAGACGGUCUCCUUCUCGUCCGUCCCAGGCUACGCAGUAGAUGUGGAGCUGGGACCGGCAGACCAUCCUCCUUCUUUCGUCCAGCCUCACCCGCCAUACAAUGUCUACCGGGCGCCCUUGUACCAUGCGCGCGAGCUGACAGGGUCAGGUGCGGAGAAGCGGACGUAUCACUUUGACAUUGACGUCACCGACUACCCUGCAGAGAGUGGAAAUGUCGACUUCAUAGUCGGUGGUGCCAUUGGGGUGUGUCCUAAGAACAAGGAAGAGGAGGUCGAUGACAUCUUCAACCAGCUUGGUGUUCCUAAGUUUAUCCGUGAUAAGAAAAUCGUCGUACGCACUGAGAAGGGCCGCUGGCCCACCAUCUGGGGUGAUGACCAGCCCCGUGAGCUGAUCACGACCCGAAGAGAAUUGUUGAGCUGGUGCUCUGAUAUCCAGAGUUAUGCCCCUAACAAGGCUUUGUUCCGCUUACUCGGCGAGUAUGCCAGCGAUCCUAGCGAAAAGAAGAUCCUCCUGUUCCUUUCCUCCGCUCAAGGCCAAGGUGCUUUCUGUGACCUGCGCACCAGCUCCCACGUCACCGUCUCCCAGCUGCUUCACGCAUUCCCUUCCUCUCACCCUCCCUUGGAUCACCUUCUCUCCGUCCUGAACACCCUCAUGCCCCGCUUCUACUCACUGUCCCAAGAUCCACUUCUGUCAUGCAAGCAGAAGGGCUCCGUGACUCGUCGUGUGAUCGAAGUUGCGGUAACCGUGGCCGAGUCUGAUGACUGGAAGGGAGGCCUCCGCACUGGUGUGGGAUCUGGAUAUCUCGAGCGCGUUGCACGACGAUUGAUUGACGCUGAAAAGAAGGGCAUCGACCCGCAGACUCUUGACCUCCACGUACCCAUGUUCCGAGGCCUGAUGGCCAACCCUCUAGCCAAGCGCUUCGCAUCCGAUGGUCCUAUGCUGCUUAUCGGCGCGGGAGUUGGCAUUGCUCCGUUCCGCGGUUUCGUGCAGCGACGCCUGCAGUCUGCCAACUGUGCGAACAAGGUCUGGGUGCUGCAGGGUGUUCGCGACUCUUUGCUGGACGAGCUCUACCGCGGCGAGUGGGGUGUCGAAGAAGAAAAGGUGCGAACAGUCGUCCAGAGCCGUCGCGGCGAGAGCAAGUACGUGCAAGAGGAGGUCCGGAACCAAGCUGAUCUUGUCUGGUACGUGAUCAACGCUUUAGACGGGCGUGUCUUUGUCUGCGGUAGCGGAAAGGGCAUGGGAGAGGGCGUUGAAGCCGCCUUGAUCGACGUAGCCAUGGCCAAGGGUAACCUCAACAUGGAAGAAGCGACAUUGUUCUGGGAGAACAAGAAGGAAGCUGGACAGUACAUUGCAGAAACAUGGUAAAUCCUCUCGAGCGGUAUACCAAAGCUAGCCAAAUUGACUUUGGCUUUGCUGCGCUAUGCUGUACUGUCUUAUGCAGUAACUUUGCAUGGCAAGCUCACAACAUCACAUGCUUUCUUGCAUGUGACAUCUUUCAUUUCCAUUCGAAUCUGUAUGACAU